GUUACCUAAAAAUAGAACCCUAUAUUUUAUACUAUGCACCCUUAUUAUUGCUUCAACAAAUAAUGCAAAGCUUGGUUAUGGUUAUCCAAAAAAGAAAAAGAAAAUACAUAGAAUGAUAGAAAUUUCCUUACAAUCUUAAUAAAUGCCUUGUAAUUUGGAUUAUUUGAAUGUUGUAGCUACCUUCACUAUACUUACAGUACUUUAACAAUUCAAUUAUGUAUUUAGUACUGCUUCUGCCAUCAUCAGAAUUGGAAUUAGUAUUCUUUGAACUUUGUCAUCUUCCAUUACUGAUUGCUUCACAUGUGGAACAUCAUUACAGAAACCAAAAUACUUGCACCAAAUAGGACCCUUAUUUGACUGCUUAUCCGUUUGAUGAUUAGCAUUUCUUCUGUCAUUGAACCUAAAAGGCCACAAGGUAAAAAAAUCCAAAAAGAACUUAAAAGUUGACAACACCAAGCCGCAUUCCAAGCUAAUAGAGCCGGCCCUCAACAGAGCCCAUUCUGUAGCUCACUGAUCUAAUUGUCGUGCCUAACAGAACACUGUCAAGCCUGCUCUCUCUCUCCUGCUCAUAUAACCUUCGGAACAUGUUGCACUGUCCAACAGAUUCUCUUCCUAUCCUUAUUCUCUCUCCCCAUAAAACUCCCCUUCACUCUCCCACACAGCAAGCAAAUCCGAAACUACCCACCAGAAAAAAAUAAAAAGACAAACUUUCUAAGCCAACGCAACAAUAACAAAAAUAGAGACUUGAAGCUGUAACUUAAGCCACUUUCUUUUGUCUGAAAAUGAGAUCAGAUUCCGGAGAUCAAAACAGACGUUUAACCAAGGCCCUUAACCCAGGAGCUCCCCCACCAGAACAAGAACAGCUACCUUGUCCACGCUGUGACUCCACCAACACUAAGUUUUGCUACUACAACAACUAUAACUUUUCUCAGCCUCGCCAUUUCUGUAAGUCCUGUCGCCGUUACUGGACUCAUGGUGGCACUCUCAGGGACAUCCCUGUUGGCGGUGGCACCAGGAAAAAUGCUAAGCGUUCACGCACCACCACCAGCACCCAUGGCACCUCCAUUUCUGCUACCAAUUCUGCCACCACCACCACAAGUCAUACUCAUAAUAGCUUCCCAUUACCUGCCACCCCGGUUUUGUUGCCAAUCUCAGCCAAUCAGGGAACUUUUGGUAUUGGUGGGGAUUCGAAGGGCAAUGGGGGUGGAAGCAUUUGUGGAAGUUUUACUUCAUUGUUGAAUACUCAAGGGCCUGGUUUUCGAGCUCUUGGUGGAUUUGGGGUCGGUAUUGCUCCAGCACUUGAAGAUGUUGGGUUUGGGCUUGGGAGAGGAAUGUGGGCUUUUUCAGGAAUGGCAGAUGGAGCUGCUGCUGUUGGUGGUAAUGGUGGGGCUGCUACAGGAAUGGGAAACACAUGGCAGUUUGAAGGUGGAGAAACUGGGUUUGUUGGCGGGGAUUGCUUUUCUUGGCCUGAUCUUGCUAUUUCAACCCCAGGAAAUGGGCUCAAGUGAAUCUGCUCUUUUGAGCUCAUUGUCUUUUUCAUGUUGUUUUUUUUUUCUUAAAUGGAAACUUUUUUUUUUAGUACAAGGUGAAUUAGUGAGUGGGUGAGAUUAAACUAUUAGCUAUAUUAAGGUAGAGAUAGGACUAUGACCUUUUGUUUUUGUUCUUUUGGUGACUCAAUGCCAUGUGAUUUGGUUUGUUUUGUCUACCAUUUUUGUGUAGGGACGUGGCUCAAAAUGAUGAGUGUGUAGUUUUUGGUGUUGAUAUGCUAAA